GGCCGGGGCGGCUGCGGGCACAGAUCGCCGCCGGCUCGGCGCGGAACUCGCAGGCUCCGGAGCAGGAGAACAUGAGUGAAAACUUGAAGGACUGUUUGAACCAGACCCAGGCUUCCUUAGGGGAGAUGGUGACAAUAAAAACAGAGGCCUGCUCUCCGCACCGGGACCAGGAGUAUGGACAACCUUGCUCUGGAAGGCCUGAUCCGCAGUCCAUGGAUGUAGAGCCCAAGAAACUGAAAGGGAAACGGGAUUUGAUCGUGACCAAGAGCUUCCAGCAAGUGGAUUUCUGGUUCUGCGAGUCCUGCCAGGAGUACUUUGUGGAUGAGUGCCCCAACCACGGCCCCCCAGUGUUCGUCUCCGACACCCCGGUGCCUGUUGGCAUCCCUGACCGGGCAGCGCUGACCAUCCCGCCUGGCAUGGAGGUGGUGAAAGAGCCCAGCGGGGAGAACGACGUGCGCUGUAUGAACGAGGUGAUCCCCAAAGGUCAUAUCUUCGGACCGUACGAGGGGCAGAUCUCUAGCCAGGACAAGUCUGCAGGAUUCUUCUCGUGGCUGAUUGUUGACAAGAACAACCGCUAUAAAUCCAUUGAUGGGACAGAUGAAACCAAAGCAAACUGGAUGAGGAACAUGGCUGAACGAAAGAGGAAGCCCAAGUUUUCCAAGGAAGAACUGGACAUUCUGGUCACUGAGGUGACCCGAAAUGAAGCCAUGCUGUUUGGGAGGGAGACAAUGCGUCUAUCCCAUGCUGACAGGGACAAGAUCUGGGAAGACAUAGCCAGGCAGAUCACAUCAGUCAGCCAGGUCCCCAGGUCUGUAAAAGACAUUAAACACAGAUGGGACGACAUGAAGAGAAGGACCAAGGACAAACUGGCAUUCAUGCAGAGGUCCCUCUCUAGCCCCAGCAGCAAGGGGCGGCCCUCGGCCAUCGUCCUGACCGCCCACGAGAGAGCCAUCGAGUCAACGCUGCAUUCAUCACGCCAGAUGCACGGCUUCCGGAGAGCGGAUCUGGACGUGGUUGACAGCCCGUCAACAAGCUCUGACGAAGAUGAAGAGAUGCCAGGCACUUCUCGGGAACACUGCUCCUCCUCGCUGAAGAGGGCCAGUGCAGGAGUCAGCCAGCUCUCUGGGCCCUCCUUCCUCCACACCUCUUCCUCGUCAGAGCACUCAGAAGCUAUCAGCCAAAGGCAGGAAUUGCACCGUCCAUCACCACGCACCUCCUCGUCCUGCAGACCCCCACGCCCCCGCACAAGGAGCCCGCCCCUCUCCAGCUUCGAUCGCCAGCUUCUUCAUUCCCACUCGCAGCAAACAGAGCUGUUCAGGCAGUUCUGCCAGGAGCUGGUGGCUAUUCACAGGGACAUGGCAGAGAGCAUGCACGUCAUCGGUCAGAAGAUGGCUGACCUCACCAGCCAGGUUGGCCGGAUGUGCCAAACCCUAUCAGAAAUCCGUGAUGGGGUCCAGGCUUUUCAUAGGAUACAGGGUCCUAGUGUCAUGCAGGGGUCUCUUCUGCAAGCAGCUUGCACAAAACCAGCCCCUGAGCCCAGUGCAGAGUCUAAUCAAACCCCCUCAAAACAGACUCCUCCUGCACGGACUACCAGGUCACGAAAGAGAAAACACCAUUUUUAGUCUGCUUCAUAUAAAGAAGGGUGCCCUGUCCUGAGCUGCUGCAUGCUCACAUGGCCUCUACAUGUGUAUUAGUACUAUGUGGGGAAGGUCAACAGCCACCCCCAACCCAUCCAUCCCCCAGCUAACAUCUAACAAAGCACUGUGAAUUAUGGCAGCUGACUAGUAGUGCUGUCCCUCUGCAGUGGCAAAGAGGAAUCUCAGACCUUAUAGAGCUUGGGAUGUAGGGCAUCUUUCUAUUCAUAGAGAUUAGGAGAUUUCACUGUUUUCCCCAUGCUUUAAACACUCUGUAAGCUAAGAGAUACAGUAGGGAAUCAUUAUCUUGAUCUCUUUUUGUGCCUGUGAAACAUUAUUUACUGAGGCAGUGUCCUAGAGAGCUCCCUUGCAAUCAACCCACAAAUUUACCCUAAUACUACCUUCCCAUCAUCUUCCUGUGAAUUAGUGUAUGCACUCUGCAGAGUGUUAACUAACAGAUGCAUCCUUACAGCUCUAAAGAUUUAUUGCUCAUUAUUUUUAUCUUGUGUUCAGCAAUAAUGGGCAAUUCAGGGCUUACUGUGACUGUUAGGCAUAGGUUUGGGAAAGGUAUAUAAAAGCAGAGCAUAUGCAGGAAAGGGAAGAAAGCACAAAGAUGAGAGAACUUUCUGCCAUCAGAAUGACAGGAGAAAAGAUCUGAGCCCUGUGUGGCAUUAGACUGCUGAGAAGGGCUGCUAUUGCACGUGCCUGGAUGCUGCAAUACCACGUGCAUUUAUAUCAAAUAGUUUAAUCUUUGUCUCCUCCAGUCUAUCUGAAACCCUCACCUACCUUUCACAAUUGCACUUAAAAUACGGUUAUUUCGUAAUAUGACAGCUCUUAAACAAAAUUGUAUCAUAUUAUUUUCUUGCAUGUUGUAAUCUUUAGUUUUGAAUCACCUCUGCCUCCUCAAAAUGUGAGAGACUGCACAGAAACAAGGGAAGAUACAGGGCCUGCUUCUGACCUCAAGAACAAUUUGGUUUUGUGUCACUGUAACUCUGUCAACUUCAGUACAGUUACUUUGGACUUGCUCAGUAUUACUUAGGGUGGAAUAUGUACUGUGUUCUCCUAUCAUGAAGAGUUUACAACCUCAAGUCCCAGCUGUAUAGUUUUAAGUUCUUGAACAUGUUGGUUUUAUACUGCUUCCUUUUCCCUUAGAGAUGCAAGAAAGAACUGUUUAAACAUUUUAAUUGCUUUAGUGCUGCAUGAGGUUUCCAUGUACAAUCCCAAUUCCUAAACUAGUCUUUAAUAAUGUCACCUUAGGUGGUGAUAACACAUGUGGCAGCUUUUUUACAGCAUCUCUGUUUUCUGCUUGAUUUGCACGUCCGCACCUACUGUGCUGCCCCCAUCUCUGGAUAAAUCUGGACCAUUAUCGUGUCGUGCCUCAGCAGGGAAGAGGGCCCAGGUGUUAUCCACACACAGUUAGCACACCACUGCUCUCUGGGGUGUUCUAUUGUGGGGAAAGGUGGGUUGCUGAAAACUAUUCAAGUUAACAUGAAUGCCCAUCAUCACGUAACGUGGGCUACAGGCUUAGCCAAAAAGCUGUAUAAAUUUCAGCAGGAAUGGAACAUAGGCAGCACAGAAUAGCAGAAGGAUGGCUCAUUUUAUGUCUUCUUGAAGGAUCUUCUUCAAUCUGUUGGCCUAUCCUUUGAAAGAAUAGUGCACUAGCUUCUCUGAUGGGAAGGUGACUGUACGUCUCCCGUGUCAGGCAUUCCUGAUGUUCUUUUCCUUUUUCCUUCUUAAUUGUUCUGUAAUCCUAAUUCGAGUAAUUUAUUUUUAGUGGUUUGGUAAAAGGCCCUUGCUCAAGAAAGUAGAGGUCUGGUAAAAACAAAGACCUCCUUUCUUCUGAGGAAUGACCCACUUUGGUUUCAUGCAAAGGAAGUUCCUCAUAGUGCUGGCGCCAGACCAGGGCACUUACCUUCCUGUGAGGAUGUCCUUCUACUUCUGUUGUACCGUUUGUGUUCUGCAAAAGUCACAGUCUCUCUUCAGUUGAAGGGAAGAUUGGGGAAAAUGGUGUAAGCGGAUCUAAUAAUAUGAAUCACAGAGAAAUGAAAAAAGGUGAUAAGUUUUAAAGGCUUUCUGAGUCAAUACAGUGCUGCUGCUAUAUAUUAGAGGUAGUAUUUUAUAUUUUUAUAAUAAAUGGUCCCUGCUGAUGUUCUCCCAUGGAUGUACUGAUAGGAUUAGUUCCUUCAAUGUUGCCUGGGGGGAUUCCAUGCAGGAACCCUCAGGUCAGCAUAGGAGGAGGCUCCCGCCAGUGCUGAGCGCUAGAGGGAGUUAGGGGUGCUGUUGGCAUCAUCGCUGCCAACAGUUUGCCUGCACAGACGCCUUGAGAGAGAGAGAGAACCUGUUGUCCUUGCGCAGGAAUUGCAACCUUCGUAGAACUCCCCAGAGGCUGGGCUCUGGUCUGGAGAAGGGGCCUUGUACUAUGGACUGACUGAGUUCUCCCCCAGUUUCCUCUGUGGACUAUUACAGAUUGGCCCAGCUCUGGGGACCUGUUGCCUGCCCUGUGUAGACCCCUUGGUGGAAUGGCUUUUCUGUACUGGCUCGCAAAGGAUACUUCCUCCUGCAGACAGCAUGUUAACUGGCUGUUGAAGUAAGUGCCCGUGUUAAAGCAAACUGCUGUGCUCAGCCCCACUGUCUCCAUGUCUUGUCCGUGCUGAAAAAUCCUCUCUCUCAAAGUAUUUUUGUUAAGAUUACAAUAAAUAUAUAACACUUUU